AUGGCGGCGGAACAAUCCCGUGCAUGUAAACGGAAAAUAGACUUUUCUGAGCUUGAUUCUGAACACAGUGACCAAGAUCCGUUUUUAAAUAAAAGCGAAGAUGACAAAGACUAUACAGUAUCCGGAAGUAGCAGCGAUUGGGAAAAUAUAAACUCAGGAACACAAUUCAGUAAUGCAGGAAAUUUGAAAGUACACUUAAGAACACACACUGGAGAAAAGCCUUACAAGUAUGAAAUAUGUUUUAAGCAUUUUAUUACAACAAGUGAUUUGAAAAAACAUUUGAGAAUUCACACUACGGAAAAGCCUUACAGGUGUGAAAUUUGUUUUAAGCAGUUUAGUGAAGCAGGAAAUUUGAAAAUUCACUUAAGAACACACACUGGAGAAAAACCUUACAAGUGUGAAAUAUGUUUUAAGCAUUUUAUUUCAAAAAGUGAUUUGAAAAAACAUUUGAGAACUCACACUACGGAAAAGUCUUACAAGUGUGAAAUUUGUUUUAAGCACUUUAGCGAAGCAGUAACUUUAAAAACACAUUUGAGAACUCCCACUGGUGAAAAGCUUUACAAGUGUGAAAUUUGUUUUAAGCAAUUUAGUAAUGCAGGAAAUUUGAAAGUACACUUAAGAACACACACUGGAGAAAAGCCUUACAACUGUGAAAUUUGUUUUAAGCAAUUUAGUAAUGCAGGAAAUUUGAAAGUACACUUAAGAACACACACUGGAGAAAAGCCUUAC